CAACUUGAGGGCAGGGUUUGUCUGUCAUCUUCCCCGUUGCAGCCCCAGCCUCUGGCACCUGUCCAGUGUUCCGAAUGAGUGAAUGAAAUGUCCUCCAGUUGGUAAAGCUGUAAUGCAACAGACAGAAGUCCAGCCUUCUGCUCUUCUGCCUGAUGGGUGUGAUCUUUGCUCUGCUCCAGUUUUCCUAGCUUCUCCAGAUCCGGCCAUCCUGGUGCCUCUUCCCGCAGGCUGCUCUGUCAUGGCAUUCUCUCAGACCACCCACCCCUGAGUGCAAAGGAUGGGAAGGACUCUCCCAGGUGACAUUUUGCUGAGACCUGCAGUGUGAGAAGGAGCCAGCCUUUCCAGAACCGGCUUGUGAGUUAAGAGGAAGAGCAAGUGCAGACUCUGCAAGGAAAUUUCAAGCAUUCUGACUACUGCUUACUACUGAAUGUUUAAUUGGUGAAAUUAAAGGUCUUCCACUCACUCAGAAGAAAGAAAUCCAGAAGAAGAAGCUGAGCCACGUGCUUCUGCGCUGCUGUGGAUGGCCCCGCCUCUCCUGACCACACUCCCCAGUAGGAUGUCACUGCGAUCCCUCAAAUGGAGCCUCCUGCUGCUGUCACUCCUGAGCUUCCUCGUGAUGUGGUACCUCAGCCUGCCCCAGUACAAUGUGAUCGAGCGCGUCAACUGGAUGUACUUCUAUGAGUAUGAGCCCGUGUACAGGCAAGACUUCCGCUUCACGCUUCAAGAGCAUUCCAACUGCUCUCACCAAAACCCCUUUCUGGUCAUCCUGGUGACCUCACACCCCUCCGAUGUGAAAGCCAGACAGGCCGUGAGAGUUACUUGGGGUGAAAAAAAGUCUUGGUGGGGAUACGAGGUUCUUACAUUUUUCUUACUAGGCCAGCAGGCCGAAAAGGAAGACAAAGUGUUAUCAUUGUCCCUAGAGGAUGAGCACCUCCUCUACGGUGACAUAAUACGACAAGAUUUUUUAGACACAUACAAUAACCUGACCUUGAAAACCAUUAUGGCCUUCCGGUGGGUCACUGAGUUUUGCCCCAAUGCCAAGUACGUCAUGAAAACAGACACCGAUGUCUUUAUCAAUACUGGCAAUUUAGUAAAGUAUCUCCUAAAUUUAAACCAGUCAGAGAAGUUUUUCACCGGUUAUCCUCUAAUCGAUAAUUAUUCCUAUAGAGGGUUUUACCAGAAAGCCCACAUUUCCUAUCAGGAGUAUCCCUUCAAAGUGUUCCCUCCCUAUUGCAGCGGGUUUGGUUAUGUGAUGUCCAGAGACUUGGUGCCCAAAAUCUAUGAGAUGAUGAGUCACGUCAAACCCAUCAAGUUUGAAGAUGUUUAUGUUGGGAUCUGUUUGAAUUUAUUGAAAGUGGACAUUCAUAUUCCAGAAGACACAAACCUUUUCUUUUUGUAUAGGAUUCAUUUGGAUGUCUGUCAGCUCAGACGUGUGAUUGCAGCCCAUGGCUUUUCUUCCAAGGAAAUUAUCACAUUUUGGCAGGUUAUGCUGAGGAACACCACAUGCCAUUAUUAAUUUCAUGUUCUGCUCAAAACUUAGAGAAGGACAGGACACUUUGUGGGAAGCGUCGGGGUUGGCACUGUAAUGGAACACUCCUGAGAAGGUCACUGUGUUGGCGUGCACUGAACUGAAAUUCAUGACGCACCCAUAGACUAGAGACUACAGGCUUACACUUUACUUGUGUUAUAUUUUGACAGAAAUCAGAUCAGGCUCUUUAAAGAUGAUAUUGAGAGGAAUGAAACAAAGUCUUUUGUUAAUAACAGGACCAAACAAUUUGAAUAUAUCAUUCUGUAGACUAGAACUUCUUAAAGGGAUUUUAUUGAAUUAUAAGCUCAUUAGUUCAUAACAAAGCAAUGUGGAGCUCUAUUUAUUGAAUAGUAUAGUCAGUUAAUGGUUUUGUGUAUCUCUUAUGUGGAUUACCAAUUUUAAAAAUAUAUAGUUCUGUGUAAAAACUUGGAGUUAUACCAAACUAUUACCUGUCUUUGGUCAUUUAGAAGGUACUUCAAGGUGUUGCAGUAUUUCAGAGCUAUCAAAUAUUAUUUAAUAUUACUUAGAAAUUUUUGAGUGUUUAAAUGUUAUGUUUUUUCAAUACUGUAUAAACAGAAUAGUGAAUCACCCUUUACAUUGGAACUCUUUUCCAGUUACUUCACUAAUGAGUUAUUGAUAACUCCAUUAAUGUAAAGUUAUUGGUCAUUAUUGUGUAUCAGUAAUCUCUUUAACUUUGAUAAAUAUUUUAUUGUGGUAAUAUAGAGAAGAAUGAAAGGGAGAAAAUCUAAACUAUUGUCUUGUUUUUAAAAAUAUAAUCCAGUGUUUUUAGAUGUCACGUUUUCUACCUGGGAAUUAGGGUUAACAUAGAAUGCCAGGCAGUGUGUUUCCUUUGGGAAAGGACUCUGAAGGCCAGACUACAUCGAAAGGAAUGUCGUAUUCUGGUACUUGAGUUGGAAAGAGAAGACUAAAGAUUUGAGUUACAUUACGGAUCUCCGUGUGUUUUCUCAUUAGCAAUCAGUUUGAGAAUAAAGAGG